GAUAAACUUUUCCUAGGUCAUAUUGAAUCUCCUGGCGGGAAGCUGGAAAUAUUUUCAAGGUGUUAGGGGAAUUGUCGUGGUUAUCUUACAUGUUUUAUCAUGUCGUAGUGGUUCCACCUCCGGUUAUACCCGCCUAUGUCAUAUUCAUUCGAUGCAAUAGAAGGCCGGUACCAGUCUUUCAAUUCCGAACCAUGCACGCUAGAGAAGCAAAUACAAAUGAAUCAUUUCGGUGUCGGUAAUGCUGCCAUUCGUUUAUCCUUCCUUGAUUUCUCGUGCAAUAACGAGAUAUCUCAUGUUUCAACGGAUACGAGUUGUGACGGCAGUAUAUUUUGCAUCAACAUCGGGAACGAAAUACGCAUAUACUCACAGGAGCAUAUAAACUCUUCAGCUGAGCGUAGAUUUUGUGGUGGCUCACCUGCUCACAUAAGAUUUAGAGCGCCAUUGACUUCUCACUGUUUCAGACGUGCUACAGAUAAAGUUAAAGACUCACAGUUAUUGAUUGGCUUUGCCAAUGGAGAAAUCAAGUUGAUCGAUCCUUUAAAAGAAGACCCAAAUAAAGUUUUUAACGAAGGAAAAUCUGUCGACGAAACACCUGUAACUUGUGUUAGCUGGGUUCCUCACUCACCUCAUCAGUUCUUAGUGAGUCAUUCAAGUGGAUGUAUGUAUUUAUACGACGAAACAUUAGCACAAUUGUCAGCCCCCACGUAUAACCUGUUCAAACAGGGUGUUGGAUUUUCAGUACACACUUGUAAAACAAAGUCAACAAGGAACCCACUAUACAGAUGGACUUUGGGAAGCCCUGGUGCAUCGAAACUUGAUAACUGCAAGUCUAUGCCAAAACAUUCGGAUUUUAUUAACGGAUCUGUUUCAAAUAAAACUUGUGAAAUACAGACGAACUCAUCUAACCACGAUUCAUCAUCGAUGAUCAACUCAUUGUUUGAUGACAGUAAUGUUUCUAUUAACCACUUUGCAUUUUCUCCAUGUGGUCGUUUCCUUGCAAUUGUUACAGAAGAUGGUUAUAUGAGAGUGAUGGAGUAUCAUGAAAUGGAGUUAUAUGGUUUUAUGCGUUCCUACUUCGGUGGAUUACUAUGCGUGGACUGGUCACCAGAUAGUUUGUUUAUUGUUACUGGAGGACAAGAUGAUUUAAUAACUAUAUGGUCUGUGUUGGACAGAGCUGUUAUUUGUCGUGGUCAAGGUCAUAAAUCCUGGGUUAGUAUGGUACGCUUCGAUCCGUAUUUAUGUCCUAACAAUGAUGACAUUUCGCAUACAUCAUCAUCAUCAUCUCCUGUCUAUGCGAAAUCACGUUGUCAUUCACUUACAGGAAAUCAUGAAGAGUUGAAGGAGAAUUCAGUUGUCCGGAAUUCACCGGUUACAGUGUGUGAUGCUGAUGAUCUACGAACUUAUCGUCUUGGUUCAGUAGGCCAUGAUACAAUGCUAUGCUUAUGGGAUCUGACAGAUGAUAUAAUUCGUCAAGGUGUUGAAUUUCUUCGAUCUUCAAUUAACAGUGUAAAUGCUAAUUUUGAAACCCUGACCUGUGAUACUUCUUUUCCUCCUAUUGUAAAAAACUCUUCUGUUCACAAUACAUACAACAAUAUAAUGUCGACUGGUGGUGGUGGUGGUGGUGGUAGCGGUUGUGGUAGUAGUAUGAAUUGUAAUUCCCCGACUGCUUUACCAUCUCCACAAUCGGGUAAUGCUUCAUCUACUACAUCUUCAACUGUUUCAUCUCCACACAUAGAUUCAAGUCGAUUUUCAAUUAAAUCAGGUGAUAAUCGACUUUUUAAUAAUAAUAGUAAUAGUAAUCAUAAUAAUAAUACUAAUAAACGUAAAAAUACUUCCAAUUCUACACCGUCCUCUGGUCCUCCAUCGAAUGGUACAAAUAGCAGUGGAUCAUCAGAUAAGACAAAGUCGAUUUUCUCUCGUGGUUUUCAUUGGUCUUAUUCAAAUACAAGUAGUCGUAUUAGCGGGAUUGUACGCUUUCCACGAAUUGGUAAUUCUGACAAGUCAAAUGGAUCUACAACCAACUCACUGAAAACAUGCAGUCUGGGACGUUUAAGUGAAGUCAAGUGGAUGUUACAAAUAACUGAGAAUAAUAUAUUUGGCUCCCCUCUCUGUCCUCGAAUCAGUGAUGUGCCUAUGCUUGAACCGCUUGUAUGCACACGAAUCUUAAAAGAUCGUGUAACUGAUCUUGUUUUUCGACGAGAUACAAUCCAUAUAGUUGAUCAACAGGGAUUAUUUUUAGCCUGGCAAAGACCUAUUGGAGUGAAAGAGAAUGCUACUGCUACCACUACUGCUGCUACUACUACUACUAAUAAUAAUAACAAUAAUAGUAAUAGUAAUAAUAGUCAAAUACCUGGAUGUCAUUCUUCAACUGCCAAUGAUUGGAGUUCAUCAUCGACCUCAUCUAUACAUAAUAGAACAUUUUAAACAAUUCCAAUCAAUAAAAAUAAAUGAAUACAUCAAUUAAUUAAUUAAUUAAUCAAUUAAUCAAUUAAUGAUAUUACUUGAUAAAUCAUUGAAAUAAUUAAUUUCCUGUGAAUACUGUGAUAAUCUAUAUUACGCACUAUAUAUACAUACACACAUACAUACAUUUGUUCAUUCAUUCAUUGACCCUUGGAUAUCUAUUACAAGUGAAUGCUGAUUAUCUAUCACCUUUCUUGUUUUCGUCGACGAUACAAAUUAACGCAACAAUUACAAAUGGCAAAGAGGCAUAGAAACCAGAACGACAAAUAAGAGAGAGAGAUUUGUUUUCCUGUCAUGAUGUUUAUUUUCUUUUCCUCUUUUUUUGAUUGUUUGUUUUUUAUAAGCAGUGGAUUGUGGCUGCGUGUGUUUGUGUUUGUGUGUGAGUGAGUGAAUAAGCUCAAUUUCUCCCUUGGUUUCACAUCACCUAUCCCAUUGUGUUGUCAAGAUCAACAAUGAAUUAAUGAUGCAAUAAUUGAUUGCAUUGAGAGAGAGAGAGAAGCGCAUAAAAGAAAACUUUUCUCUCAUUAUCCGGUGUCUUCAUUCCUUAUUUAUAUACAUACAUACAUACAAACAUGUUUACUUACAUACGUACACGCAUGCACAUACACGCACACGUGAAUAUUACAGAUUUUGUUUUGUGUACAGUUUGGCUCGGCUCGGGUAUGAACUACUGUUACGCUACUGUUACGCCAUAUGCUCAAAUUCUUUUUUCUGCGAGAGAAGGUGGUUUACCCUCACGCCCACCCCCCUCAUUAUUUCCCGCUUGUGUGUGCGUGUGCGUGCGUGUCUGUGUAUAUCUGUGUUGCACAAUGUGCUAUGACACAAGCUCUGCUUAUUUUCCUACCCCCCACCUUUGUAUUUACCUUUGUCUUUACAGCCUUUCUCUUUUCUCUCGUGUACAUUUGAUUCACAAUGUAAUCUUUUGUAUGUAUGUAUGUAGGUGUGUGUGUGUGUGCGUGUAUUUAUUACCGUGGAUACUGGCAUUUCGAGACAAUAACAAUAACUAAGAUUUGUUUAUUUGUUCGGUUUGUGCUUGUUUUUCUUUUUUUGAGUACUAUUCCGAAUUAUCAUCAUUGUCAUUAAUAUUAUUAUAAUGAGUAUUUUCAUCAUUUUGUGUGUGUGUAUGUGCGUGUAUCUAUGUUAUCUAUCUGAUUAUCUGUAAAAAAUUCGCCCCUUACGCCGCCCCCUCGCCCCCCCCCCCCUCCGCGCCGUAAUAUCCUAUCGAUUGAUUGCUUUCUUUCUUUCUUAUCGUUGACAUUGAAUUAAUUGAUUUAUCUCUUGCCUCGUGUUGUUUUCCGCCCUAUAUCUCCGUCUCCUUAUUUGUACACACACAUACACACGCACAUGCACGUCUGUUCGACUGUCAAUCCGAUCUAAUAUUACAUCAUUUCUCAGAGGGAUUAAAUCUAAAAAAUGCAUGUGUAGUAGUAUAGUAGUAGUGUACACAUUCCUUCUUGGAUUGGGCGUGCGGUUGACUAUUUUCUCAUUCUCUUGCCUAUAAUGUUUCAAAUUUAUCUAAAAAUAAACGCAGAGAUCUGUAUUACCUAUCUAUCUAUCUAUAUAUAUACACAUAUACAUCUAAUAUUUUUCCAGUGUUACUCUUUGAGUAAUUAAUAUACCAAGCGAGAAAGCGAGAGUGAGAGAGGAAAAAAGGAUAUUUUCUGUUGUUCAGCUAGCUCGCUGAGCAGCUUUAUAUAUAUUUCUUCUUAGUUCACCUUUCCAACUUACACACACAUACACACACCGUGCAAUCUUGAUGCUUUCAUCACAAGCUGUUGUUUUUUCCCCUAUAUGGCUGCUAUUUUUUGAGUAACACACGUGUAUAUUUCACAUGGCGUAUACCUUUCUCUCUUUCUAUGUUUCUUCCACGGAAAUAUACAGACAAACAUGCGUCUUAUUACAGAAAAGUACUCGACAUUGCGACAAUAUCUAGCGAAUCUUGUUAACACUGAUUUCACACGUACACACGUACACACACUUCACACCUCUUUGUUGGACUGACCCCAGCACAUAUAUAUAUAUCUUUCUUUUCCUGUAAACAUUUUUUUCUGUAGACGAAUUAUGUCUUCAUAGUGUGUGUGUGAUCUGAUCUGAUCGCUGAUCGUUCCUUUCCCCCUCCCCUCCACCUUCUUCUUCAGUGGAUAAUCAAGUUUUCUUAAACAUAAAAUCUUGGAAAGCAUAAUUCCAAUUAUAAUUUUCAAUUGUGUGAUUGGUUUGUUGGUGGUGUUUGUUUGUUUCUUUUUGCUAUUGUCUAGAAUUUCCCUGUUUCCUCCCGUAUAUUGACAAUACUCGACAUAUUUUGUAUAAUAAUAAUGAUAAUUUCUAUUUCACUUCCUCGCCACUUCUUCUUUGUGAUCAUCGUUUCAGUUGUUUGUUUCUCUUCUACUUCUUCUUCGUCUUCUUGAUCCAUUGUUUAAAAAGACACGAGUUUAUGAUAUACAGAUGUAUGUAGACGACUUUUGGUACAUCUUGUGUGUGAUUGAGUCCUGGCCAUUGAGAGCGGAAGACAUGAAAAGCCUGGCUAGCU